AUGGCUCUCCAAACCCGCCUCCUCCGCUCUACCCUUCCCCGCCGCUUCGGCAGCGUUGCCAGCGUGGCGACGCGGUCGUUCUCGGCCUCGUCGAUCCGCCGCGAAGAGUUGAUGGACAUGACGAUCCUGUCCGAAUCACAGCGCGAGGUCCGCGAAGGCGUCAAGGCCGUCUGCGACAACUUCCCCGACGCGUACUGGCGCGAGAGGGAUGUGUCGCACGAAUUCCCUUUCGAGUUCCACAAGGCCAUCGCCGACGGCGGAUGGCUCGGCGUCGCACUCCCCGAGAAGUUUGGCGGCUCCGGUCUUGGGUUAGCCGAAGCUGCAGUCAUGAUGCAGACCAUCACAGAGUCGGGAGCCGGAUUCCCAGGCGCCCAAUCCACCCACGGUAACGUCUACGCGACCCAGCCCCUCGGUAUCUUUGGGACGGACGAGCAGCGAUCCGACCUUAUCCCCAAGAUUGUGGGCGGCGAGUACCGGACAUGCUUUGGUGUUACCGAGCCCAAUGUCGGUCUUAACACUCUCGAACUCAAGACUACGGCUACUCGGCUCGAGGAUGGGUCGUGGGCUAUCAACGGACAGAAGACUUGGAUUACCUGUGCCCAGAAUGCGCAGGUUAUGAUCCUGCUCGCCCGGACCAAGGCGCUCGAGGACUGCGUCAAGAAGAGCGAGGGACUUAGCCUCUUUGCUAUCCCGGUCGAUAAGACCCAGAAGGGGCUCGAGAUGCGCCCCAUCAAGAAGAUGGGCGGUAAUGCUGUCGACUCGAACGAGAUCUGGUUCGACAACUACAUUGUUCCCUCGGGCAGCGUUAUUGGAGGCGACGCAAACAUCGGCAAGGGAUUCAAGAUUGUCCUCCACGGCAUGAACUCUGAGCGCGUCCUCAUCGGCGCCGAGGCGCUUGGUAUUGGUUACGCGGCCCUCAAGAAGGCAGCCAAGUAUGCCGGCGAGCGUGUCGUGUUCAACCGCCCCAUCGGCCAGAACCAGGGUGUCGCCCACCCCCUCGCCGACGCGUACAUGCAGCUUCACGCCGCCGCCCUGUCCGUCUACCACGCCGCCAACAUCUACGACCAGAUGCAGCGCGGAGACAAGAGCGUGACCUUGGAGGCCGUCGGUGCUGCCGCCAACAGUGCCAAGUAUCUCGGCGCCGAGGCUGGGUACAAUGCGUGCCAGCGCGCUAUCCUCAGCAUGGGCGGUAUGGGCUUCGCCGCAGAGUUCGAUGUCGAGCGAUACUUCCGCGAGUCUUGGGUGCCCCGCCUCGCACCGAUUUCGCGCGAGAUGAUCAUGAACUACAUCUCGGAGCGGGUGCUUCACCUCCCCAAGAGCUACUAA